GAACUGGGAGCGGGGCAGACGGGCGGGGAUCAUGGAGUCUGUGGUCACUAGCUGGAGGAGGCGGCAGCACCAGCUCUUGCAGGAGGAAGGCGACAGCCCGGCGGCUGAUGUGCUGAGGAAGAAGCCGUCGUCCGGCCCCCUCAACGCCCUCCGCAUGUCCCUGAGGAAGAGGCUGCCUCUCGGGCAGGUGGACUUCAACGCGGAGCACACUCCGAGCUGGGAGAGCCUGGAGCUCAGCAAGAAGCCCACUGCCAUGCAAGCCCUGGGGCGGACGGCGAGAAACACAUGGGGCAAUGUCUCCCAGAAACUCCAGAAGAGGCGACAGAGUCGCAGUGAGUUCCUGGUGAUUACUCCUUCAAAGUCGCAAACUCCACGUAGUGGUUCAGCAUCAAAGAAAAGAACACCACCCAGGACCCCUCGCGGCAGGGAGUGGGGGUACCGCUGCACCCCGCCAAGUGGAAAACCCACGCCCGGGAGUUCCAAGACCAAGUGGAGGGAAGUUGCCCACCUUCUGGGCAAGGAUGGGCUCCCUUUGAGAAGAUCAGUUAGAUCUGCUGCAUUGAAGAGUCCCUAUGGCUCACCUCGGGUCAUUAGCAGGCAAAGGCAGUUUGACCAAGAUCUAGAAUCUGUGUCUUUUGGAAUUGGCCAGUUAAAGCGUUUGUCCCAGGUUUUCGAUGAAGCCAUUACCAAGGAAGAAAGAGAACGAGCCAUUGAAAACUACCAUCAUGUCAUGUCAAAAAACCUGCGGAUGUCGAAGAUUCAGGCUAAGAAAUUGUCUUCAUCUGUCAGAAGAACAGUAAGGCUUUGCUCAACUCUCAGUAACUGGGCAGAUGAGGCUUUGGCAAGCAGAGCAGAGAAGAGAACUGAACUGAGUGCCAACACUCCUCAAUUGCUUCCACUUUGGAAUUCUGCCCAGAAGCUUCCAAGAAAAAUAACAUAAUCCCUAUCUUUUCUGCCUGUCUCUGAUCAUAAUUACAGUAUUGAGGGUAUAGCUGCACAACAUUCCUCUUUAUAUCCAUCUUGGCUUUGGAAUAUAAAAAUACUGAUUUAUAAUUAUUUUAGCUCACUUCAAAGUUAUUUGCUGUUAACUUCAAUGGAACAGGCUAUCAAAGGGAAGUGCGACAAGAUGCUGGCAGAUAGCACAGUACCCAUUUAGUGCUGGUGAACAAAGACUAAUCUUUGCUCCAUGGUGUACAAGUGAAGCUGGUUUGUGGUUGUCUUGUUAAUUAUUAUGUAGCAUUAAUUCUGAUAUGAAGGCUUUCAAUUUUCAGGUUAAUUUUAAUGUACUCAAUUAAUGAACUAUUUAAUGGUGGGGUUCUGUUGAUGGCUUGACCUUCUGCAGGUUCCUUUUGAGCUGUAUAUCUUUACCAAAGAUAACAGAACUCUUUUUCAAAAGGUAAUUUUUGCAGAUAAAAUUUAUCUAUUGUAUUUCAACCAUUUCCAAUUCUAAAAGGUUGCUUGCUGUCCUAGGAUUUAAAUGAUUCAUGGAAUAAUCAAGUGAAAUAUAUUUUAGAUUUAAGAAACAACUGCAAGUAUCCAACUUAAGUAUUUACAGGAAGGUUAAAGGAAAUGUUCCAAUUCAUUAUUAAUGUAAGAUUUCAGAAUUUUUACUAUUUUUGUCACAUUUUAGUGUACUGGAAAAUUAACAGCUUUGGUAUGUUGUAGAAAGAAUGUACCAUUCUCUACACACAGUAGAACUGA